AUGAGAAUUACUCCUAGCACUCUCAACAGGUCAACAGCAAAGCUGUUUGAGUCGCCUGUUCCAUGUGCUGCCCGGGAUGCAGCUGGUCCGUCGAAAGCCGCGGGGCUCUACCACCACUUACACCUGAGUCCGUACACGCAAGCUGUGAUCCGCACAGGAUUAGCUACAAUCCGAUUUCCACCCUAG